AUGGAUGAGUUUUGGCAGGUAAGCUGUUCCAUUCAAUAGGCUUCCUCUCAAAAAACCCACAAUGCGUUUAAUUUGCAGGGGAAUUGUACAGCUCUAUUUUAAAAACGGGUGCACAUAAAAGUGAAUAUGGUAUCAAGCCCAUAUUUUCUAUGGAUGUGUCGUCACAACUGUCAAAUAAUUUGCAAUUAGCAGAAAGGUAUGUGAUUUUAUUUUACCCCCGAUGUUUUAUACAUGCCCUGCCGAAUGCAAGUUCAAAUACAUUUUAAAAAUAUACUGAUGCUUACUUAAUAUUUGCAUCCAUAGUUCAGAAUCAGUUAUGCUAGGAUGGUAUAGCCUUCAGUUUCAGAAAAGAGCCAUGGUGCUUAUACAUUCACUCAAGCGUGGAAAUAGAUGACACCUGAUGAGCGCCAUACCGCAUAGUUGCUUUUGACUGGACUUAACCAUUCAGGGGUCCUUUACCUUAAUUCCAUACUACGUAAGUCCUACACUUUCCUACAGUCUCAUAUUGUGCUUACAUACAGCUCAGUAUUUAUGCAUCCACAUUUUCCCUUGAUCUGUGAGCAGACUAGAUCUGCAGGUCAGAGUAACCUAAUGAACUAAUCCAGAGGCUGAAAAUCAACUAAAAUUAUGGCAGCUGCUAUCCUAUAUACCCCGGGCUCUCACUUUUUCACACAAGCACAAUACCACAUUAAAAUAAUGUGGUAUAAGUUUAUUGAAAGAAGCUUGUGGGAGUUAGAUUUUAAGAACUCCUAAAAUGUACAUGUGUGCUAAUAAUCUAAAAAGGAGUACCACAGAUAAUACAGAAAACUGCAGUGCUUUUCUUUCAGAAGACUCAAUAACAGUGCCAGGAGAAUUGUCAAAAGUGGUAUUUCAUUCAACUUGUAAUUUUAAUUAGAUAAUCCUCACAAGUUAUACUAUUGCUAGGGAAGUGGCAAAGAAGUCUUAAAAGUUUAGAAAUUCAUGCCAAUGACAUCCAAACUUAGGACUGAACUUAACUAACAGUUCCUACUUUUAAAAACAUUGGGUGGAAUGCAGCUAGUGUCUCAGCAGAGGCAUCCUUUAAUGGUUUAAUUAAAGCAAGAAACUGCUAGGAGCUCCAAAAUGUUCUCUCCAAUCUGGAAGAAUGGGAAUUAAAAUGGCAAGUGCAAUUCAGUUUAAGUGUAAGGUGAUACAAAAUUCCUAACUUAUAUAUGCUAAUGACAUCUGAAUUGGUGGCAACUGAUCAGGAAUGAGACUUUGGAAUGAAGUUGCCAAACCAGUGUUCAGUAGUUAUGAAAAAGGGUGAAUUCCACCUUGGAGAUAAUUAGGAAAGGGACUGCUAAUAUCACAGUCUAUGGUACAACUACACUAUAUACAGUUCACCUCAAAAAAGAUAUUGUAGAGUUGGAAAGGUUACAGAUAGGAGCAACCAAAAUGAUCAAGGAUCUAGAACUACUAACAAAAGGUAUAAAGGUGAGUAAAUGGGGACAUAAUAGAAGUAUACAGAUUUAUGUAUGAUGUGGAGAAAGCGGACAGGGAGAAAUACCCUCUCUUUCAUAGUAUCUAAGGCCAUCCAAUGAAGGUGAAUGUUAUAAGAUUCAGGACAGAUGAAACAAUGCAUGCACUUCUUCACACAGCACACAAGAUGCAGUGAUGUCUUUUAAAUAUUAAGCAAAUUCAUGGAGUAUCAAUAGCUACUAGCCCUGAUGGCUAUAUACUGCCUCCAGAGGCAGAGGAAACAUGCCCUGAAUACCUGUUGGUAGGGGGCUUAAGUGGUGAGUCCUACUGCACUCAGGUCAUGCUUGCAGGCUUCCCUUGGCAUCUCAUUGACCACUACAAGAACAGGAUGUUGGAUCUGAUAUGCUUCAGGUCUCUUACAUUCUUCUAUUUAAUCACUAUUGGUAUUAUCAGACUAAGUCACAGUCGGAGUAGAGCUAUUGAAAACAACUGACUUUAGUUAUGAUGAACUUAAAUCCAUUGAUUUCAACAGGUCUAUUUUAAGUAUGACUUAUUCUUAUAUCCCCUAUUUCUCAAAACUUACAAAUACACAUGGGAAGCAACACCACUUACCAUUCCAUAACCAAUCCUGAGACCUCAGAUCAUUUCAGCUCCUCCUUUUCUGGAACUGCUUCCAUCCCAGCCAGGUUGGGUUUUAAUUUAAGUUUUUUUUGUGGGGAGGGGGAACUCUUAAGAUGAAGGCGUCUUUCAGUUUGCUUUUUUACCCUCUUUCUCAUCCCCCUUCUGUGCUACAUUUUUAAGACUGUAAGCCUGAAUUUUUUUAUUGAUCUGUAAGCUCUUUUGGCUGAAUAUCUGGUUUUAAAGAUGCUUUAAAUAAGAAAUAAAUAUUAGAGAACAACACUAGGGAGGAUGACAACCAGCAGCUAUCCAGGCACAAAGCAUGGCAAGCAUCAGAUGUUGACAACACCACCCUCAAUGAACGAAUUAUGGGAAGUAAAGCACAAAGUAUUGCCAUAAAUAAGUUGACUGUAAUUUGUUUAUUGAGCUAACUACAGUAUCUACAGUAGAUACUUCUGUAAGAUGUUAUGGUGCCUACAUGCCAAACAAGGUACAGUGGUGCCCCGCAAGACGAAUGCCUCGCAAGACGGAAAACUCGCUAGACGAAAGAGUUUUCCGUUUUGGAGGUGCUUCGCAAAACGAAUCUGCUAUGGGCUUGCUUCGCAAGACAAAAAUGUCUUGCGAGUUCCUGCGUUUUUUUUCCCCUUUCCCCCCUCUUUUUCUAAGUCGCUAAGCCGCUUAUCUGCUUAUCCGAUUAGCUGAUAAGCUGCUAAAAGCCGCUAAAAGCCGCUAAUAGCGCUAAUCCGCUAAUCCGUCAAUGGGCUUGCUUCGCAAGACGAAAAAACCGCUAGACGAAGAGACUCCCAGAACGGAUUCUUUUCGUCUUGCGAGGCACCACUGUAUCUGGUCUGCAAGGUCCUUUGAUACCCCAAACUACUAUCACACUAUCUUUCCGCCACCCACCUAGAGAUUUAUAAACAUCACUAGUCAAAGAGUAAAUCUACAUUUCACCACUCCCCACCCCCAUCCCAUUGUUGUUACUUUUCAAGGUAAGUGGUGCAAUAAGUAAGCAAUAAGAAAAAACUUGGCUUUUGUUAACAUGCCCACAUUUGUUGUAGCCUUUAAAAAAACAGCAAAGUGGUACCCAGUCAUAAAUAAAAAUAAAGCCAUCUAAAAAAAAAGAGAGAUUUUAAAAUAAACAGAACUAGGCAAGAUUCCAUACAAAAUCAAGGAUACAUAGCAGUUUUCAGACAUCAGUAAACACUCUCAAUAAAAAUUUAGCCCACCAAGAGAAAUCUAACAGAGAUGAGGACAGGUAUACCUUAGCUGGCAAAGUGUUCCACUACGUGGGCAUCACUGUGGAGAAGGUGCAGCCUCAUGCCCUUGCAGCACUCACAUCUGUAAAAGACAGGGCAUGGAGGUGCUUUUAGCACUUGCUAUUCAUACCAGCAAGUUCCAAGUGUGCAUUUUGCUUAAAUGGUACUAGCUUAUCAAAGCAACAAAAUAGGCAACUGUCUUGGCAGCUGUUUUAGAAGCCUGAGCACAUGCUUAGUUGGCAGACACUAUUUUGCAGGUUAUGUUAAUCACAGACUUUUGUAAUCAAGUACCAACCCCAGUCAGAUACUAGCCCACAAAAUGUUUAAAUAUUAUCAGAUUGCAAACUAAUAGAACCAUUUGAACAUUCUGUGAGCUAGUUUAUUCCAUUAUUGAGAGGUCAGUGGCAAACAUUAUCUGACUUGAAUUGGUCCAUCAACAAACUAUGAAGUACAAAUUAAAUUCCUGUAUAUUUUGUAUGUGUAAGACAGGAUGGUGAUCAAAUGGUGAAACUUAAGCUGGACUUCAGCUGCUCUGCAAAACUCCAAUCAACUAUCUUAUUUGAACCAUAUAGUCUCAGUAGCACUUGGCAAAUUCACAGUGCUUGGCAAAUUCAGAGACAGAGCUAUGAAAAUAUUCUGUAAGUUUAUAACCAAGUCUGUAACUCAGGAGAGUUCAUCUGUAAGGCUCGAGAAUGUGAACAAGGGGCUUGGAACAGUCAGUGCAACCAUUUGCACUCUGGAUGAUGCUUAUGGAGUGCUCUUCGGCCCCAUGAAACUUUCAAUGUGGAGUUCCUCAGGAUUCAAUCCCCACCCUUAAGCUACUGAAAACCACUGAGUGGGAUUAUCCAGAAGUUUGGAGUACAUUGUCAGCAAUUUGCUGAUGACACACAGCUUUACUUCUCCUUUACAUCUGUAGGUGCGACUGUGGAUGUGCUGGACUGCCUUGAUAAGGGACUGGGUGAGAGCCAAUUCACUGAAGCUCAAUCUAGAUAAGACCAAGGCAAUGUUAGUGGGUGGUUCCCUAGACCAGAUGGAAGCAGUGGACACACCGCUGUCACUUGAGGCUCAGGUGGUCUUAGUGGCAUGGAGUGCCUUCCAUCAGUUUCAGCUAGUGGCCCAGUGCACCUCUAUUUGGACAGGAAUGGCCAAACUUCUGUUGUCUAUGCUCUGGUAAACUCUAAGUUAGAUUACAACGGGCUGCCUUUGUAGGUGAAUUGGAAAUUUCAGCUGGGGCAGAAUUUGGUGGCUAGGUUGUUCACCAGGGUAAGAAGGUUUGAGCAUGUUACAACAAUCCUGGCCCAACUGCACUGGCUGCCAGUUAGUUUCCCAGCCCAUUUCAAAGUGCUGGUUUUUACCUAUACAGUCUUACCUCGGGCUGAAGUAGCUUUGGGCUAAGUAUUUUCAGGCUGCGUGCUGCGGCGACCCGGAAGUAACAGAGCGUGUUACUUCUGGGUUUUGCCGCUCGUGCAGACGGUCAAAAUGAUAUCAUGCGCAUACACAGAAGCGGCAAAUCGUGACCCGCGGGUUGCGUCCGCUUCUGGAUGUGAACGGGGCUCCGGAACGGAUCCCAUUUGCAUCCAGAGGUAUCACUGUAAAGCCUUAAAUGGAUCAGGACUGCAAUACCUCAAAGACCACCCUCUCCCCAUAUGAACUGGCAUGGACCCUGAGAUCAUCCUCUGAUGCCCUUCUUCAUGAGCCUCCUCCACGCAAGGUCUGGAGAGUGGCAACACGAGAACAGGCCUUUUCUGUGAUGGCUCCCCAUUUGUGGAAUGCUCUUCCCAGAGAAUCUGGCACCUUCAAUACAUUUCUUUGGACACCGGGCAAAAAUGUUUCUCUAUAACCAGUCCUUUGGCUGAUUAAAUGUGUUUGUGGAAAGCAGAGUUAUUGGGUUUUUAAAAUUAUGUAUUGUUGUCAUUUUGUAUUUUUAUGUUAUGAACCACCAUGUGUUCUUCAGAUGAAGGGCUGUAUACUAAUAAAAUAAAAACAUUAAAAAUAAUAUCUCACACUAGUCAGAAUUAGCAUGUAUACCUUUUCUGUGAAUAGGCUCACUAUUCAACUAACAUUAGUUCUGGCAUUAAAAUCUAGUAAUUGAAGAUGGAAACAUCUGAGCAGGUAACCACAUGGAAAAGGUUGCAUGGAUACAGUGGUGCCCCGCAAGACGAAUGCCUCGCAAGACGGAAAAACCGCUAGACGAAAGGGUUUUCCGUUUUGAAGUUGCUUCGCAGGACGAAUUCCCCUAUGGGCUUGCUUCGCAAGACGAAAAUACCUUGCGAGUCUUGAGAUUUUUUUUCGCUUUUCCCCCUUUAUCUAAUCUGCUAAGCCUUUAAUAGCCUUUAAUAGCCUUUUAGCAGCUAAUCCCCUAAGCCUUUAAGCCUUUAAUAGCCGCUAAACCGCUAAUAGCGCUAAUCCGUCAAUGGGCUUGCUUCGCAAGACAAAAAAACCGCUAGACGAAGACUCUCGUGGAACGGAUUAAUUUCGUCUUGCGAGGCACCACUGUAUUUGAUUACUCUCUUAUCUAACACUUAGAAUGGUACGAAAUUACAGUGUAUUUCUACAAAUGCAUAGACACAUGUAUACUUUUAGAAGUGCUAUAAGUACCAGAUUCCUUUAAAUUCUUACUGAGGCAUGUGUUUGAUGAAACUUGGAUAAAAACAUUUGUUUCUGUUGAAGUAGCAGGUUUCAGUUUAUUUAGUGAAUCUGGUGGUGAAUGUUGAACUAUUUUCUUAAAAGCAAGUCCCAUUCCUGCUGAAAGACAUCUAGGAUUUCAGGUUUUUGUAUGCAUACAUGAUGUUAUCACUGUCCUUGAUUAAAAAGCAUACAAGUUAGAAAGCACUUGGAAUAGUGUGGCAUAGCUGAAUAAUCUAACAAUAAAAAUGCUCUGUAAUGAGCUUCUUGAUAAGUGGGAAUGUCAACCCAAUUCAGAUUUGUCACUUAAUUUCAGGAUGCUGGGCCCCAAAUUCAUUUAUCCUCACAGAAACAUUUGACACAGGUUGAGAGGAAAAACUUGCCUAAGUUAACUUAAACAAGCUUCAUGACUUUGCAGGACUUCAAGCCUUGGAAAACUCACUUUAUUCAUUUAUUACACAAUACCAGUCAAAAUUAUACACAUUUCUUUGAUCAUAAUGAACACAUCAAAAUUAUUUGCCCUAAGACCGUGCACUAUUGUAGACAAUCUUUCAGGCAAAACAGGGACUCUUUCAUCAUCAAGUGAAAGGGAGGGGCACCAACUGGAUUCCAAUUCAUGGCUUCAACCCAACUAAAUCACUGCAAAAAUGAAACAACUUCUGUUAGUGCAAUGACAGUUCCCUUCCCUUUCAUCCAAAUACCUCCCAGAUCUGCUCUGUGGGGUUCCCUCAGCCCUCUGGAGCAGAUUAGAGGGUGUUGUAGGGGGAGGAGAGUGAGAAGUACUGUUGCACUUGUGGAAACCAUUUCACCUGCACAAUGAUUUAAUUGGUUUUUAUGACCUAUAAAAUGUAAGUGAUCAUAUUGCAAAACGGAGUUAUUGUGCACCAAAAUAAACCAAUUCCAAUGGAAUUUGGGACUGAAUUCACUGGAUUGUAACAAAUAUUUAUAGACCAUCCAAUCAAUAUAAUUGUGAAAAAGAAUAGGGCACCUGUUUGAUUUCAAUUAGAAGGGAGUUCUACAAAGUUGGCUUUACAAUACUGAAUGCACAGUUCAUGGUGGACAAAAACCAUGCAUUUGGGGACUCAUUGGGCUGAGGUACCUCUAGUUGCACCAUGGAUCUUAAUGGGGGUCCCAUCGUUGAAGGGGGAACUGGUAAUAUAAGAACAAAGCUUACCAAGAAAUGGUCUGACCAUAACAAUGGGUUUAUCAGGACACCUUUCUCCAUUUCUAGACUCUCACUCCCACCUGCCCUGAAUCAAACACAAGAUUGAGGGUGUGAUCAUCUCUGUUUGCCAAUGACAGACAGACAGUCAUGGAGGUUAUAAAGCCAGCAUGGAUGUUUAGUCCUCAGAAUAACAGUUCUUCAACACCACCUUAGCAAACUCAGUCCAGAAGGGUUAGGGGUACACAAGCAACACUCCCAGUCUGUCUUGAUGGCCAAAUAGUAGGCUCUUAAAGCCCAUUCCAGAUCAGGGAGGUUUAUUAGCCAGAUAAAUGAAUUAUAUGGACUAUAACAACUCCAACUCGCACAUGUGUGUUUAUCCGAUUCAGCUGGUGCUGUAGAAAGUACAUAGGUGAACACACUUUCUUGAUAUCUAGCCCACAUAUGUCUCAGAAACGCAUCCCAGAAUGGCUCCCUCGUGAGUAUGGUGUUAUUGCGAACCGAACUGGUGUUAAACAUCUUCAUUGUUGGAGCAGAAGGCCCAACAAUCAAGCUACUAGAAGACAAGAGAUAAGGGAAAGAUCAGAAAGGGACACAGUCUGUACAUGGCUGUGUCCCUUUUUCUGCAAAUGGUAUGUCUGCUCUCCAGUGUCAUAAUUUCUUCUGCCUGUAACCAAUGGAAUCAAGGAAAGCCUACUGACCUCCCCAGGCACAUCCCAGAAAACUAUCAUGACUCUGCUCCAUCCACCCUUACAAUAUUAAUUCUCAAUAUCCAGUUAAACACAUACAGGAUUACCGUACCAACAUAAAAACACUCAACACAAUCUCAUCCAACCACUACCAGCCCAUAAUCCCCAAGAAUAUCUAUACAAGCCAACUUUUCAUCAAUCACUUACUACCACCACCUAGCAGUCAAUGCAUCAAACCUAUUCCUAUCCCAUUCUAUUUCCACAACUGCCACACAUACUCUCAAACCACCCAGCACUCAUACUGUAAACAGAUCCCAGUUGAAUCCUCCACCCUAGCUGAAGGAUUCCAUUAUCAAGCUUUCACCUGGUCAUAGGUGUAGGUCCUAUCCCAACACUCAGAAGAUUUGUAUUCCAACUCAGGAAUCCUUCAAAUGGGCACAUGCAGCCACUAAAACCAAAAGAAUAGUGCCCUUGCACCUUCCUAAAGCAGAACCCUUGCUUUGGUGUCAUACCCUUUGGGGUUGCCUCUGCUGCAGUACCCCACCACUGAAACUCACUGUUUUAUGGAAGUGCCGCUUAUAUCUCCAUGGGUCCAAUAUUCACCACUGCCACCUCUGCUUGGUAGUUCUCUGGCAAGCGUUGCUAUUUGGCAGAUGGUCUCAAUCAAGAAAGCAAUGACGGUUAUCAGGAGCUAGGGUGGUUAGGUGUUUAAACAAAAUUAGGUUACUGAAACAAAUCAGUAAGCAUAUUGGAUACAGUUGACCUUUUUAUUAAAGUAAUUUAUUUUCUUGUUUCAAACUAAUCUUUACUUGGUAAUGUAUCUGGACUUUAGUAGCAAUCAGCCCAGCCACAGACUCCUUGAGUAACUGUGGGAAAUCAUUUAGCCUUCUGUAGGUUUGAGAAUUAAAAAUAUUUCUUCUCCACUCCAAGUCUCAGGAUCAGAGCAUGCUAUAAAAUCACAGUUUUUAUUAAUGAUAACAUUAAAAGGCAACUAUCAAGCUAUAUGUAUCUAAUUACUAUUAAAGUUGCUUGUUUGCUUGCUUGCUUGCUCAAACAACAACAGUAUCCUCUCUCAAUGGAUUGAAAUGCAUUUUCUAUCUGUUUAUGGGAAAGUUCUUAUACUUCAGUCUAUACAUAUUUCUAAUGUUGACACUGAAAAAAAUACACGAUCCAACUGAACUGGCAUUUUCAAUAAGCAUGCAAUGCUGCAUCUGCUCUUUAGAUGCAUGGUUCAUAGUUUCUUAAAAGUCCCCUAGAGGAAAGCGAUUAAACCUGCAUCAACUACACUCUCUUCCAACAAGCACAAUCAGCUUUAACAAUAUCUGUUUGACUUGACAGAAAAGUUUAGUUCCAGAAAGUUUUUUAAAUUGUUUGUACUUAGUAAUGUUACUAUUACUAUGACUAAUCUAUUCUGAACAUGCAAAUAAUAGUUUUGUGCUAGUUAAGAAUACUAAAUGAUUUGCUGUGUAACCUCAAUCAAAAAUGUCAGCAUUUUAAAGAAAACUUUUAGUAUAAAAAUAUAUACAACUAUUUAAUACCCAAAGCAUAUUUUAAACAAUUAUUUACACUCCAAAUAAUAUUUAGAACAUAAUUUACCAGUUGUAAAGUUAACAACUGACAUUUAAUAUUAAGUAUAAAAAUAUUCCUACUCUUUUAGAACAAAAAUGUUUUGUAUGAUUUUCUAUCUAUCUACACACACAAACACAUAUGAAUGAGGUUCUCUUGGCUGAACAAAUCUUGAUCACCAGUACGUAACUUAAAUAUCUUUAAGAGCCUUAUGAUAACAAUAGCAUAGUAUAUUCAGGAUACGUUAUAUGCUAUCGUACAAUACAUAUAACUUUAUAACAUAUAAUAUAUAUCUCAUACGCUAACAAAACAAGUUUCUUUCACUUCUCAAAAUGUAAUUGCAGAACAUUGCAGCCAUCUCUCAUUAAGGAAACACAUUAAAGAAAGAAACAACUAUUCAAGAACAUAUUUAAAUAAGCUUGGACUAUCCCUAUUGCACUUGUCAAAUGGAAAAAUACAUUUUGUAACACAGUACUUUAUUAGUUACUUGACCAGCACUUUGCAAAAUUAACAUAGUAGCUACAAAUAAGUAAUUGCUUUUGUAAUUAAAAUCAGAGAUCCAUGCUUAAAAUCUGCUUAAAUGGCAGAAAUUCAAUGUAACCAUAGUAAUUUUGAGUUUGAUGUUAUUGUGGGAGGGACAUUAUCACAGUAUUCAAGAUUAAAGAUAUGUUAAAAAUUAAUGAAUCCAGUUCACCUUGUCAACAUAUGAAUCAAAUCUUAGCUUUUAUAAAAGUAGUAUUUGUCCAUAAAAAAGCUGAUAACUAAUUCCCAUUAAACACUUUCUAAUCUGAUUUCUAGGGAUAUUCUCCACAAAGCAACACUUUUGGCUCAACAAGUGCAAAUAAGAUUAUAACAGCUUAUGGCCAGACACUUUCUCCCCAUGCUGAAUUUCCUAAUUUUUCUUUAAAAGUAUAUUUUUCUUAAUUCUCUUUAUGUUUUCUUGUUAAGUUCUUAAUACUUCAUUUAUUUAAUGCAAGAUGUAUGAAUUCCAUUUUGAAUAUUAUAGCUUAGUCUUAGAACACAUUCAAUUUAAAAAGAGCUGAAUUAAGAAAUUAUGCUGUCUUGCAAAUAACCUGCUUCAUUUUCUUCUUGGAAAUUAUACCAGUUAUUACUAUACUCAUACAUUUUAACAUUUAAUGGGAUAUAGAUCUGGCAAGAGAUAUGCAUACAUAUGAAACAUUCUGCUACUAUGUACAUUCUUUAAUACAGCAAGUUCAGAGAAUAUAUAUUUAAACAUACUGAGAUAGGUAAAAAAACCUGUUUUUAUAAACUAACUAAUGUUAAUAUGACUGCAUCAUCUUUCCUACUUGUUGAAUUCAGCUUACAUAUAAAAAAUCCCAGCACUCACAUUAACUUUGAUAACAAUUUUGAAGCAAAUUAAAGCACAAUCCAUAGAUUAUAUGAAUUCUAACAAUUGUUCUGAUCAAAGAACAUGGAACUUUCAACUGAUAUAAACACUUUUUGGAAACUGAAUUCUUAGAUAUGAGAUUCCAAAAGUUAUUUUUGCCAAGUCCUAAGACAUACUGAAAAAUAUAUAUGCAAAGGAUAGGUAGCUAGUAUAUAAGAUACCAAUCAAACAAUUAUGUAUAAAAACAAACAUUAAUAUUUUAAAGGCUGACUUAGUGCUGGGUAAGACAGUGCACAGAAUAUUCUAAUUGCUACUUAUGCAAUAGCAAAUAAAAUCUUUGCAAUAGCAAAGAAAAAUACUAAAAUUUCCAAUAAAGAAGCAACAUAUUCAGUCUACUGAUUCUAUUCACAAAUCCAUGACAUUUCCAAAUCAAGAACUGAACUACAAUUAUAUAUAUGUUUUCUUCCUAAUAUAUUAUCUAUUACUGAAUUUUUUUACUUGUUUAAUGCAGCAACCAUCCAUCAUGUGUUAGAUUUCAAACACAUAUUGUAUGUCAGAUCAGUACAAAAUAUUACGUUGUUCACAUAUUUGAAUUAUUUUACAUUGUUCUGAAAGGCUUUCUAAAUAGUUAGAAAUUGGUUAAAGAUGGUCAACAGCUCAUUUGGACAGCUAUUAAAUCUUUCUACUAAAGCAAAUGAAUGGUAUCUGCAGAUAUUUGCUUUCAGAAGCAUACCAUCAACAUAUAUUCAGAUUUUCCUUUUAGCACUACAGUAUAGUGAACCACAAAAGGGGUUUGAAGACUAUACCCCAAAAUAUAAGUUUCUUAUAAUCAAAGUAAUGUUUCAGUAUGCUUUUAUGGUAUAUCAUUAAGUGCAUAAAAUUGUCACUAUUAGUGGCAGAGGAUUUUACCACUACAAGGUGCUUUUCUAAGAGUACUCCAACUCCAUAGCAAACUCUCAACAUGAAUAAAUCAGCUGAAUGCAAUGAAGUGAGCAACUUCAAAUAUAUGUAUUAACAAAGUAAAAUUGUGGUGGUGAGUCACCAUUUUGACAAAAAAAAAAAAGCUUAAUAAGAAGAUGACAAUUAAUUACAAUUAUAUUUAUAUACACCAACAUUUAAAACUUACAAUGAAAAGCUCAAAAACUACUUUAGACUUCAAAGGUUUUGCUUAAGGCAAGUAGUGUCACAAAGUAGUUUGGCCAAUAAGAUUCACUCAAGACACCUUGGAAUCUGUCUGCAGAAUCUAUAGUAUAUAAUAAUGGAUCUACAUUAUAUGAAUUAUAAGAAAUUCAACUAAUUUCAUAGAACAUUGUUUUAACCAAUCAACUAAAAUUAUAUGCAAGUGCUCCAUAGUUUUAACAAAAUAGUUCUCAAAGAUAAAUACAGCUUUAUCAGCAUAUUUCAGGCUAUUUUUCUACUAACAGUUACUUUUCUCAGUCUCCUUACUGUUAAAUGUAUUACUGGAAUGAGUAUUCAAACUUAAAGGCAUUAAAUUUGCAUAUGAUGGAGAACUUUCAUGACAGAGGAAGAAAGCAAAAUUGUAAUUUGUGCUUUCAGAAAAAUGUAUUUCUUCCACAAUGCUUUUACCAUGAUACUUAAUAAUUGUACAGCAGAUCUGUAUAUACAUCUAAAGAUCCAAAUGCAAGUUUUGUACUUCUGUAUAUCUACAAAAUAGCUUUAAAAUUUAGAUUAGGAAAAGCCACCAGACUUCAUGUGUUCUGACUUCUGAGCUUAACAAUUCAUGCCACAAACUUAUUGUUAUGGUUAAUGCCUGUGAUAAAACGUGCAUGCUGUAUCAAAUGUAUUUAGGAUAAGAACUGACUACAAGCUAAAUUUCUGCUUAUUAUGCUAGGUGCACUUAUGAACCUAGUAUCUUUACUGGUAGAUGAAAAUGAUGUACAAACACUAGUAAUUCAUGUGACAUUCUUAAACCAUAUGGCAUGCAUCAGCCAUUUGCCAAGUUUGCUUUCAGAUAUUUUCUAUUUUGAUUUAAAUGAUAACGUUUAUGCCAAAAAUAGAGUUGUUUUCAAUAAAAAAUAAAUGUGUAUACAACUCCAUGUUAACAGAUCAAUGUUCCCCUUAUGAGCUGAUUAUUACUAUUAUUUAUUAAACCUGUAUACUGCCCUUCACCCAAAGAUCACAGGUGAUUCACAACAUAAAAAUACAAAAUGAGAACACAAAAUACAAUAAAAACAAACCAAUAACCCCCUCCCACAGACACAUUAUUAUUACUAUACAAUUUGUAUAAAUCCAUUCUCUAAGAAUAAAUGACGCAGUUUAAUUUUGGGGACUGUGUCACUGGAAAACAAGGUGCUUUCACCUGAAGCCACAGGAUUAUCCAGGACAAUAGUCCACUACAUAAUGCAAUAAAGGUACAAGACAUCUAUGAUAACAAAUGAUGAAAUCUUAUGUACACUGGAGAAUCAAGCCCCUCAACACAGUGAGACUUAUAUAAAAGUGAAUAGAAACAGGUUACACAUUGAGCAGAAAAUUGAUUUGGUAUAUAAAGAACAAAAGAAAGUAUAACUGAUGUAGUUUCUCUCAAGAUUUGGUCCAUCUCUUUGAGCAGAAUACGUGCUAGCAAGAGUUUAAUUUAGAUUUAAAUCAAGACAGUGAAAGAGCAAAUCACUUGAAAUGAAAAUGUAAUUGUGCAUAAGAAACACAAGAUCUGAGACAAUAGAUUUCCGAAAUACCAUUUUACUACCCAGCAGCAUUUUAAACAUUUAAGCCAAGUCUUUAUAGAUAACAUUUCUUAUCAUGGAAGUCACACAUUUAUAAGUCAAAGAUACAGCAACAUCUAUCAUAGAUGCUUUCUUGGAAUCUGUUUCAAUUAACAAAAAUUUACUGUCCAACAAAUAAUAAAAGCACAACUAUGUAAGAUUUAACCUAAAAUUAGAAUGUAUUUCAAUAAAACCAAAUCUAGAGACAUUACACAAAUCUGUAAUAGCGCAAUUUAGAACACUGCAUGUAUUCUAACCCCUUGAACAUUGCAGGUUUGAAAUUCAGAUCCUUUGAACACUACUUGCAGGUUUGAAAUAUGAACAGGUUUGUAUUUUAAAUCAAUGGAAUGAAACAGAAGCUAUCCAAACAAGUUGUCAAUGUCUGCAAAAUGGCUUUAAAAUUAUACCAUAAAGUCCACUAUAUGUCUUGUGUUCUUCCAGCGACUUGAAAACUAGCAGAACAUUAUUAUAAUUUAGGCUAUCUCUACACACACCAUUCUAAAUCCAAGACACAACAAUGGAAUUAAAAUUCAGCCACCAUACCAAAAUCUUGAGUUGCAUCACAGAUAAUAAAUGCAAUAUCCAAACAAUAUCCACCAAUUUCUCCUACAAAAGGGGUAAGCCAAUCACUGUUUACACCUCAACAGCCCCCUUGGAUUUAAUGCAAUCCACCAGGAUAAGUAGCCACUGGCUUGCCUUCAGAGUUUGAUUUAUGACUUUACACUUUAACAAAUCCAAGCCAACUUUAGCCAGAACUUCUGCAUAGGUGAGCACAGCUAGAAGAAAAGAGGAGCUGUCUCUUUAAGAUACCAUGCUCUGUCCCUGAUCCCACGUGGAAACCAACAUCAGCAGCACUUUCGCGUUUAGUUCUAUGUGAUGCAAGUUGAGGCAUCAUUUUUUAAUAAACAUGAGAAAAUUGCAGAAUACAUUCUUCCCCGGAAUACAAAAUAGGUGAAAAAGCAUGCUAAAGUAAGCCCCGGUUCUCCUCCAAAAGUGUGGUCUCACUAUGUGUAUUUUUCUUUUUUCUCUCUACGGCACGUUGCUUCCAAUCCAUACUACUCUAACAGAAAGCACUUCACAGACAGUGGACACAAACACCGGGAUCCUUAGGCAACGAAAAGGUACUCCAUAAAUCGGAAAUAUUUGCUCUUUUUGCAUUACAUAUCAUAAUUGGGUCGGGAGAAAAGCAAUGCAUAGGUAUUACAUUUCGCGCCACCUCCCCCCUUUCCCCCCACAUGUGCCCCCCCAAACAAACAAAGGGCACGAAAACGAAGGUACAAAGUUGGCAAAUGCAGCAUUUAUCUCCUGUGCAAUCGCUCCUCGUUGCCCCAAAGUUGUGCAGCUCGUGCAUUCCCACCUCCCACCACCAUUCAAGGCAGAAAGGGGAUUUUCACGUUCUCGCAUUGUCGGGAACGAGCUGCAAAAGAGCUUUUGCCUUUCCAAAGCAGUCAUCAACAACAAAAAUAGGCAUCAGUUUUAACUCCUUGCUCUCUGAGAGCUGAAACCCCGACGUGAGGGGACGCGGGGUUCAACCUGAUCUCUUAGGGGAGAAACCGGGGGGCGGAGACGAUUUGGGGCAUUUUUUAGGAUUUUUUGGGGCUAUUUUUUAUUUUGUUAUAUGCCUCGGUUCUCCCUCCAUUUUGGUUGUUUAUGAUACUGACAACAAGCUGUCCCUGCUCUCUCUCCAGAUCUCUCCUGCUUCCAGUUAGAGGAACCCCCCCCCACCUCCCCAAUACAACCCACCCUCCAUUCGCCUUCCCCAAACUCCUCUCUCGUACCCACGCAAGAAGGGAAAGAAAAGCCUCCGCGGCCGGUCCAAGUCAGGCGGGAGGCAAGCUAGUCUCUUGAUGGGGUGGGGUGGGGGGGAAAGGAGAGAAAAAAACUUUCGUCCAAUAAAAAGCGGGAGGAGAAGGGCGCUGCACGCCCCAAAGCGACUCGGGAGCCCCCUAAAGCUUUGGCCGCGGGGUCCCCGCCGCCCCGUCCCGAGAGUGCAACCCGCCCGCGACAUUUCUGCGCAAAAUGUGGCCGCUUUGGUGCUACGGCUGAAUUUAUAUUAAUUUUCUCUCAUUUUUGGGGCACCGCGGGCUCUUAAUGUCUUCCGCUCCCUCCUCGCUGCUGCUGCUGCUACUGCUGCUGUCACUAUAUUCAAAGCACAAGCUCCGGAGCUGGGGGGGGGGGGGGAGAGAUAGAGAAGAGAGAGACUCUGAGCGAGGAAAGCGGGGUGGGGGGGCUGGGGGCUUCUCAAAAAAGUUUCUGCAAAACCGCCUCCCCGUUUGUAUAACAAGAAACGAGGGGGAAGAAGGAGGGGGGGUGCGAUCCUCUCAGUGAAAACCUCACUGAAGGAGUUGGGGGGGGGCGGAGGAGAGGAGAAACUCCAAGUCCGAAAGCUGAGGAAAGCGAGGCUUUCUUUCGAGGGGCUGCUCCUGGGGACCCCGCGAGAAGCGCGACGCAGCCCAGGAGUGCAGGGGAAGGAGAUGGAGCCGCACAAACUUUCCCUCAUCGCUGCCGCUCCGCUCUCCCCCCUUCUCCUCCUCCUCCCCCUUCAGAAUUUAAAUAACCCUAAUAUUUCCCUGCUGAACCCCGGCUCCUGACCCCCAAACCCGCAGCAGACUCACCGCGGGAGCCUCAGCAUCCCCUCAGCGCCCUCUUCCCGCCUUUUACAGGGUUCUCCGAUUUUUCUGUAAUUUUUUCCCCAUAUUUCGGGCUGGACGCGGCGGGCCUGGAAAUUGUUUGCUUUCCCCUCUUUCCAGCAGCCAUUGUAGUGUAUGCGCUGCGGUGCAGCUCAGCCUGCCGCACACGCCGCGCCCACACCGCCAGCCGCCCACACGCGCCGCGGGUUGGACACCUCCCCCUGUCACUCAGCCCUUUGGCCGCACCCUGGAGGCGGCCACUUCGGGGCUCUCGGCUCGCCCCGUUGGUAGGACGGGACGCCGCUCCGGGAAGGGAGAGGAGGAACCGCGCGCGCAUUGGCCCGGCGGCGGCGGGCUCGGAGCUGUCUUUCAGAGCGUCUCAGCGAGAGCGAUUGGGCGCCGGGCCUGUCAGUUUCGGCAGGGAUGCGGGGCAGUAACGGGGUAGGCUGCGCCGCUUAUAAGGUGGCUGCCCAAGCCGCUGACGUCUUUCGAAUUGGAAGCGAGUCCCGAGCCCGCGAGUCGGUUUCCCUCACGGCGGGUGAGGUGAGUGUCUCCUCCCGAGGAGCCGCCUGGUCGCCGGGCGCCCGGUCCGGCCUCGCCGUGGCAGCGCCAACCUCCCGCCCGCUCUAAAGGGCAGCGCCAAACUCCCGCCCGCUCCCUCCGGCGCCUGGCUUCGUUGCCGGGCGGGCGAGUUGGGAACGGAGCGCGGCAGCGUCAGGCCCCGCGGCUCCACGCGGAGCAGCCCCCGAGAGCUGUCGCUAGGCUAGAGGCUCGUGGAGGGCGGGCCGCGGCGGCGGCGGCGGUGGCUGCAGGCCCGUGCAAGGCGCCCGUGGGUGCGCCCAGGUGCGCCUCCUGAGGCUGCUCCGCCCAUCGCUGCCCUUUCUGUGGCUGGGCCAGGAAGCGCUUCCUUCUCCUUUUUGCCCUCGGUGGCUCCCGACAUGGCAGCUGAAGUGGGUGCGCGGGGUAUGGGUGUGUAAGGGACACGCGGCAUGUUGUAGCUCCCAUCCCUUAUAGCUAGCUGCUGCUCCAGGGCUCGGGGUGGGUUGGGCGCUGCAGCACCCACACCCUCCAGCCCAUCCGCCGGGUGAGACAGGAACUAAAGAGAUAAGGGUGGGGGGCUUCGACGUCAAAUCUAAAGCGGUUUGGCUCCCCCGCCCCGCCCAUUCAUUCAUUCAUUUUUCUUUUUGCACCACUCUUAUGUUGCAUCGACUCUUUUCUAUUCCAACUCUGGCAUCUGUAGAGACAGCCUUGAGUUUUACUGUUUCAGUAAAUGGUAGGGAAAGCAGCUUUGCUGGGCCUCCCUGAAAUCACUUGGUUGGAAAGGGACAGUAUGUUAGACUGGAGGGGGGGAUCCUCCAGAUUGGCAGUCUUCUGUGCAUUAAGGUAAAGGGACCCCUGACCAUUAGGUCCAGUCGCGGACCUCGCUUUGUUGGCCGAGGGAGCCGGCGUACAGCUUCCGGGUUGUGGCCAGCAUGACUAAGCCGCUUCUGGUGAAACCAGAGCAGCUCAUGCAAACGCCGUGUACCUUCCCACCAGAGCGGUACCUAUUUAUCUACUUGCACUUUGAUGUGCUUUCAAACUGCUAGGUUGACAGGAGCUGGGACCUUCUGAUAGGCAAGCCCUAGGCUCUGUGGUUUAACCCACAGCUCCACCCGCGUCCCGGUAAUAGUGCAUUAGUGAUAGCUUUAUUCUGUGAUGUUUCUCCAAUGCUACUGUAUUAUUGUUGUUCAGAGGGGUUAUUAUAGUGCAACAACAGCAACCCAAAUUAUGAAUAAAUGUUUUAAUUGUUAGUGUCUUGGAUUUUAUUGUGUUAAUUCUUCUUCUUAGUGGGUUGUGAAAAGUUCUAUUCUGAACAAUUUUUUUGUAGGGUAGAGGGCACUGUGAAUGAGGUUAAGAAUCAAGAGGGUGGUGUCCCAAAAAAUUUGGGAACCACUGUUCUAGAUGAACAUCUAGGCUACUUAAGCUAUCGGUACCUUGGGUUGUGUGUGGCCUUUCACUUUCAGGAAACAAUCUAUUGGUGUUAAAGCGUGGCAAGUUCUUUUCUCCAACCUUCUAUAUAAGACAAACCUGUCAAAACCACAUUGAGUUGUUUUUUUUUAAUUGACAUGGUUUUGUACUUAGCACAUUAUUUUUAGGCUUUCCCCCAUCCUUAUGAGAGACAGACACCUUCAUUGUAAUCUAGAAAAACUUGGGACUGUUAUCCAACAGUUGAAAAAGUUCCUUGUGAGAGAGAACUAGACAGAUAGCAUCAUUUCGAUGCAAUGAUAAACUAGAGUUUCACACUCCGGGAAUGAGCCUUUGCCAGCUUUGGACUUAAGCACACUCCCAUCUGUUCUCUUCUCCUUUGCAGCCACAAGGAAGAGAUCAAAAGCAUUUGUUUCCUGUCAUAAACUAACCAAGAUUUGUCAGUGUGCACUGGGAUACACUGGGAUUCAUUUUAACUUCAAAUUGAGGCUUUACAAUCCUGGCUUGUUUGGAUUUGGAUAGAACACAGUUAAAACUAGCUUCAGUUCUUUGUAUGGAUAUAACAAUGCACAACAAUUGAAAAUGAAAGCAAAUUCUUCUGAACUGGGUGAGAUACAAGUCUGAGGCUCAUCAAGGUCUGUUUCCAUAGCACUGAACUAUGAUUUAGGCCUUUCAUCCAAAUAAGGGCAGGGUCAUGUACCUUGCCCCUUCUGUGGGAAAACUGCAAUUUAUUGGGAUUUGAAACUGGAUUUCAAGUGCUAGUUUAAGAGCUGCCUUUUGAGGGAUGCAGUUUUCAAUUUAGAGGUGUGGUUGGCAGAUGUUUUAGCUGAAAAGAGGAACUUGCUGAAUGACUACUUUAGGGAGCUAGUAUAGUAGAGGAUCCACUCCUCAUUCCUAAAGUGUGCCAAGAGGGAUAGGACUAUAUGUAGUGUUUAGCCUCCAUAGACAAGGUUAUCCAGUUGAGGAAGCUGUGUAAUCUUUUGUGAUGACUGCACGAAAAAAAAAGCCUUGUGGGUUCCAAAGCUUUCAUCUUUACUGAUAAUACUCUACUAAUAAUUAUAAUUAAUGACUGCCACGUGAGAGAAGCAAAAAUUAUUUAGGUGUUUCAAAACAAAAAAGACCUGAGGUGUAGAACAAAUGUAAGAACAAAUAUAUGUUGUCAGCACAUUAGUAUGAAUGGCUGUGUUAAGAAUUUAAAUUAAAAUGCUUAAGGAAUUGUAGGAAGGUAGAUUUGUUCCCAUAUAUCUAGACUUGCAUGCUUUUAAAAAAUGAAACCAAAGCUUAGAAGGUGAACCAGGGUUAGAGAGCACCAUUGAUGAGAAAGUGGUUUACAAAUUUAACAAAUAUUCAGAUUAGCUGGUGAACAAUGUAUGUAUUUUAACCAAAAGUUUGGAAUUGUACUCAUUAGAAUACAAGCCUCCUUGGAUGUGUGACUUGGUCUAGUCAUACUGGCCAAAAAAUUAAAUCUAAAUUCUCUCUGCGACCGUACUGUUUCUUGGAUGCCUUGCAGAUGUUAGUAGUAUCUUGCCAAUAUUAUUUCUGGUAAGAUUAUAAAAGUAAGCAGGUUUUUAAAAGUGCUGUUCAGAGUGUUUUAUGAAAGUGUAUUUAGUUCUCUCAUAAAGCAUACUGAGUCAUGGAUUUUUAGAUGAUGCUGUGAUAAUGAUGGGAAAAUCUGAAGUGAUGAUGUAUUGUAAAAUAUGCUGCUGGCACCUAGAAUCUGAAGUAUUCUUCCUUUUUUUCUAAAACAUGAUUUCUAUUAAAUAUUUUCCAUAAUACAAAAAAAUAGCAGCUACAAAAGAUACAAAUAGCACAAAUAAAAUACAGAGUCCUCUCUUCAAAGUAAUUCUUAGCUCUUACCACUCACAGAAGCUCCUCCCAGCUGUUGUCUAGGAUCUUUGCUUUUUCCUCCCAGCCUCUCGCCCUGAGAGGCCAACAUUUUUCUUAUUUGAAGUAUUCUUCCAGCUCUACUUUGAGGAAUCAUUUCUAGCCAAACUGAAGCCUAUAUGUUUCUAAUUACAAAUAUCUACAUUCUCUUCAAAUAAUAGUUCGGUCUUACGUUAGUAAUAUGUUUGGGGCAGGGGUGAGGAGCCUAUGACCCACCUGAUGUUGCUGCACUACAUUUUCAAAUUUCACUGGUUUUCCACUGAAUGCAGUAAAGAGAAAUGUGAAAUCUAUGAGAAGUAAGAGGAAUGAAUCUUCUGUUAUAUCAAAAUCUUGCCACCAUAUUGCGGGAGGGAUAUGGUUUGCACUCUCCCUGAUUACAUUUCUUAAGAAUUUGAAAGCACUUUACUUACAUAAGUCCUAAAAGUAUUGCUCAUUCAGUACAGCAUCACAGUCAUAAUUUUCAUAAAGACAUGUUUUGUAAAAACUUGUGUUGGGUCACAUACCAGCUGCAAGGGGCCACCAAGUAAGGAUAUCGUUCAGACCAUGGCUUUAAGCUGGUUAACUUAACAAACCACAGUUCUAGCACAGUUACAGUUGUUGCUCCAUCUCAGAAAGCUGUUAGACCUUGAAGAUUGGAAUGAAUUUAUGAAUGCUAAGCAGAUGGAAAAUGAAAGCAGACUGACAGCUUUAAACUAUGGUUAUGAAUCUUAAUCCUAUAAAUUCUAACAAUAAAGUAAAAAUAGUGGAUUUCCUAUUGUACAUUUGUAAGUGCAAGCCAAAACCUGUGAUAACAUAUCUGCAUUGAGCCAGGAGCAGCACUUUAAUUUCUAGCCUUACUAUUGUUAAAUUAUAAGAGAUUUGCAGAAGUAUGAAUUGGCUGUAAAACAGUAAUUUAAAACAUUGAUUUAAAACAUUAAUUCAACUUACUGAAAGACAAAAUAAUUAAUAAUGGGCUAUUCAGUUCUGCUUUCUAAUUUUUCAGUUUCAAACCAUGGAAAAAUGGGAUUUCGCCCCAGUUUGAGAGUACCCUCAUGACUCUACAUAGAGGUGACUUGGCUGGAACUUGUAUUUUCCUGCUCACCUUAGCAACCCAUUUAGCUGCUAGCAUUGGCCUGCAUUAACACAUAGGAUGGCUUUUGGAAAUUUGAUCUCUGGAUUAAAUCUAUAGUUUUGGUGGUGGUAUAUGAAGAUAAUAUUCAAAUGUUAAAUUUUGGGGUGAGAACCUAUGUGCUUCCCCCCACCUGCAAAAAAGUACUGCUGAUAAUAUGCACCGCUCCUUGGAAAAUGCCUUAAAUCCUAAUUAAGAGAAAGCCAGUUUUGCUUUUUAAAACCUCCUCCUUUCUUCUAGGUGUUAUCUUUAA